GCAGAUGAAGGCUAUGUUUUCAGUUUAAUCUUAGAAGAGUUAAUAGACAGAAGUGGUCUUCCAAUUAUCAUUAGCAUUUAGUGACAAUUCGGUUUCACUCCUACAAAUAUAUAUACAAAUAUAAUUGAACAGAACGUAGUAACAUUAUCAAAAUGUUACCCUUUGAAUCGUGUUGUUUUUGUUGCAAACUGGAAACUGGAGCGUACGUUCUGGGUAUCCUUGGAUUAGUUGCUUGUAUGGCGUAUACAAUGUUGUUCUCAGUGGCAGUAGUUUACGUUAAUUACGCCUGGCUGAUUGGUUUAGUAUUCCCAGGUGCCUUUUUCCUUGCAUUCCUAUUGUUAAUCAUUGGAACAAACAGAAGGAAUAAAUGGCUUGCGCUUCCAUACAUUCUUCUCGCUUCCAUCGCCACGGCUGUAAAUGCUUUGGUAGUUAUUUAUUUAAUAAUUUCAAAUGAUCAAGACCCCAGCGCAGCACUUGUGAUCGUCGGUAUUUCCGUUAUAAGUAUUCCCUUUGGUGUCCAGAAUGUGCUCAGUAUGAUUUCGUUAUUCAUGAAGUUUAAUAGCGAAGGAACGAAAGGUUUAAAGGAUGAAGAUUAUUAACAUCUAACAUUAUUAACAUCUAAUCUAAAGAGGGAGGAUUGAAAAAUUUCACAUCAUCGGUUACAGAAAUAAAACCCAACUGCUACCUCUAAGUAAAAUUUUCAGAACAGAAACAAAAUUAUUGUCAUCACAAAUUAGGUAAAGUUUAGGAUGUAAUGAAAGGUAAUCACCAAAUGGAGGAGAAGAUGUCACCAGAUAUAAGAACAAAAUUAUAAAAAGUUUUAAAUUUGAAAUCAUUAAAAUUCAUUCAUAAUCUUCCAAAAAUAUUUACCCCGAAAUGGAUAAAUAUAUAAUAGUUUUCACCCUUUAGUUUGAAUGUUUUAUAUAUUACAUGAGGAAACUUUAUUAUUUACAAACAGUUUAAAAAUCAAUGAAGUGCAUAUAAUAUUAACUUUUAACUGCUGAGAUGCAAAGCGUGAACCCUACAUAUUUGGUGCCAUAUUUUUUAUUAAAUUUUGUAUAACGAAUUAAUUUAAAUAAAUGUUAUUAUGAUUAUUAUA